CAAGACGUACGUGCAUUCACGAGUAACGUGCAGAACGGGAUGCACAUUAUGUCACGUGACUACCAAAAGGUGUAUAAAUACUCGACGCCAAUUCGACAUUGUCAUACCUGUAGAUGUCAUCUUGUUGCAGAACAUUUUGUGUUUAGAAUAUUCAAAAUGAAGACUAGCUAUUUCUUGGUGUUUCUGGUAGCCUUGACCUUGGUUCCCGAGGACGUGGACGGCUGGUUCUUCCGGUCCGUGCGCAGAAUUCGCAUCAGCCCGUACCACACGCUCGGCUGUAUGGCGGCCUGUAAGUGGGCGAGGAGCUGGGCGUGUAAGGCCUGUAAGAGGAAGAGGGGGCUCGACCAAGAUGCAGCUGAUGAACUGGAUGACGAGGCUUUGGAUGUUAACAAAGUUCUGCAAACCCUUGAUGUGAAUGGAGAUGGCUUCAUCGAACUGAACGAGAUCGCCCAGGUGACCGGUCUGAAAGAGGGCAACCCAGUUCUCGUGAAGAGAUUCCACAAGGCUGAUCUUAACGGUGAUGGCAAACUGGAUAUUCACGAGUUGGAAGCUUUCAAUUUCGAGAACAAAAAGGAAUUUCUGGAAGCCAUAAAGGAUGACGAUGCUGAUGACGCAGAUGACGUCACAUUUUAAUCUGUCAUACGCAGAAUUGUUCGUUCGAUGUAAAUGGGUUAAGGUUUCUUAAAUAAAAAAAUAAAAACUA